AUGUGGAGAUUUAUUAUUUUUCUUUAUUACAUUCUUUUCGUGUUUCCGAAAGUGUCAAUUAGUCUCCGCGUAGUCGGCAUAUCGGUACCAAGCCUCAAGCAACGAGGUGAAUCGGUAACUCUAACAUGCGAUUACGAUCUCGAAGGGGGUAAACUUUACUCAGUGAAAUGGUACCGGGAUAACGAAGAGUUCUACCGGUACAUGCCUCGACUGAGACCGCCACAGCAUGCGCACAAACUUGACGGUGUUAAAGUGGAUUUGGAAAAGUCAAGCGCUCGGCGCGUUCAUCUUCGAGAAUUGACCCUUAAGUCCAGAGGAAUAUAUCGAUGCGAGGUGUCCGAAGAAGCACCUUCCUUCCACUCGGCGCAGGCGGAAACUUUUAUGGAAAUUUACUAUUUCCCUCGAGAAAAUCCUCGUAUAGUCGGUCAUGAGCGACCUUACUUCCCGCAUGAACCACUCGACGUGAACUGCUCCUCUGCUAAAGCGUUCCCACCUCCGGAGCUGCAAUGGCAUAUAAAUGGACAAAAGGUAACCGAAACGUCGUGGUUAACAAACUUCGAGGCUAAAACUGCGUCACAAGGUCUGAUGGUCUCCACCCUGGGUCUGCGAGCACCAGCUAAACCUCUUAUGAAGAUUCGUUGCAUUGCUACAAUCGGGAACCACAGGCGUGAAAAAACUGUUUCAAUAGUUACAAAUUCUGCUGAUCGAAGAAAAGCGUCAAAUUUUAAUCUUACCUUAGUAAUAAUUAUCUGUAUUUUUAAGGUGAUAAAUCUUGAAAUGAUAUCGUGA